CAUGUCAAGGCCUAACCUGUAUCGCUUGGGAGACACCAACUCUCCAAGACUGCGUGGUGUCCGCAAAGGCAUUGACUUUGACGUUGGAGACAAUGAUAACGUCAUGAUCGGUAUGCAUGCGUUUCUGAUAGUGCAAGCGUGCCUAAACCCCGAAUGAUGUGUCAGGAUCCGGAGGGGUGUCCCUUUUCGACGCCUUGCACCAAAAUUGGAGUGUUUCGGACACCUGGGUCCUACCGAAAACUGCAGCCAUCGCGGAGGAUCUUCAAGCGAUGAACGAUCAUGGGCCGCCCGCAGUUGAGAUGCCGUUCAAGAGUUUCGUUGACUCGCUGGAAGCGCUGGGGUUCCAGAGAUUCACGGUAUACAGCGCCAGUGGGAAGGAAGAACCAACGACGACCUUCAUACCACCUCCCCCUCAUAACCCCGUCAAUCA